AGGCACUUCACAGACAGCCCAUGCAGCCGCUAAAGGACCACUCUCCAAUCCGAGAGGAACCUGUUCCCAGUUCUGGAGCCGAAGAGAACCCUCAGGCUAAUGCUGGUUCAGGCAACAGUGGAGGGGUUAGCAACAUUACCAAGAAACCUCGCUCCCGCACCAAGAUCUCACUAGAGGCUCUAGGCAUUUUACAGAGCUUUAUCCAAGAUGUGGGCCUCUACCCUGACCAGGAAGCGAUUCACACCCUUUCAGCCCAAUUGGAUCUGCCCAAACACACCAUCGUUAAGUUUUUCCAGAACCAGCGCUACCACGUGAAGCAUCAUGGCCGACUGAAGGAGCUUGGAUCUGAGGGCGGCGGUGUAGACGUGUCCGAAUACCGCGAUGAGGAGCUGCUCUCCAGUUCAGAGGAUGCAGAGUCCAGUGAAGAUGGACACGAGGAGAUCUACGGUGGGCAUGAGAGUGUGCCGGCCGGAGGGGCCAACUCUAUCUCAACUCCAGCUGUUUCUUCUGGCCAAGAUGAGAAUAAAGACAAAGGCCUGCCUCUGGGGUCAGCCAGACCCAGCUCCCUGCCCCCAUGUGGUUCAUCCUCAAGUCCCCGAGAUCAGGCAGAAUAUCAGAGAUAAAACAGCCUCCACAAAGACUAUACUGUUGGUGGGUAGAGGCAAGGAGUGGGCACUUACAACUAUUCUGUUGGAGAGGAGAGUGUACCGGAUAGAUUAGAAAUUGACUGACAAAGACAGUGUCCUAAACAAGAUCUGCAUUUUGAUUAAGGAGGUAUGUAAAGUGUUGAUGUAGAAAAAUUAGUUGUGAGCUACUCCUGGCCUCAUACCUCACUAGUUACUUGCAGGGAUGUGAUGGUACAGAGGCUACAGUAUCCCUACAGUGUACUACAAGGAAAGUAUUUGGCGUGCUGGAAAGCUUUCAUUUACUAGAUGUAAAUCGUCAAAUUACGGCAGGUUUCAAGAUGGCUGCCUUAACCCCAUGUUGUCACAAGCAUUCGAAUUUGCAUGCUAAGAAUGUCAAGAAGGCCAGUCUUUCACCAAGUAUUUCUUUUCUAAUCAGAAAGCAGCGGAUCUAUUAUAAGAUACCACUAUCCAUGACCCCUCUUCACCUCUACAGGGUUAAAAUGGCAGGGACAGAGCUUUAGAUGAGCCAUGGAUCUCCUAUAGGACACAAACAACUUUACUCCUUCCCAAUCAGGGAGUCUAGUGGGCGGCUGUGGCUGUCCUCAUCUUCCCCUCCAUGAUGGGGCAUUCUGUCGGUCGCCAACGGAGGGGUUGUGCUAGACUGCUAAAGCAGUCAGUUGGGUUGGAGGUACAGAUGAUCUCUUGGGUGUACACAUCAGCCCAGCCCAGGAACCCUACUAUAAACAUGUGGUGUGCUGAAAGGUCUACAGUUAGCGCAAUGGCGCUUUUGAAGACCACGCCAUCCCUCCCACAACCAGCCACAACGAUCAUUCCAAGCAGUCCCACACAGUUCAAGAAAUCCCUCCUUUACCCCCACCACCUAUGCACACCCAACACGGACUGCGCACAACAUCACUAAUCCGUAAGGUUUGCUUUAUACAGAUCUGUUUAAACUGUUGGUUUCAUUACAGUUUUGCUCUCUCAGAGACAGAGAGAAUAAAACGUAAAAGGCAGAUGGACUGACUGCUAUUGACAGAAGGACAAACUGCAUCUGCUUCUGACCUAGUGGAGAAAAAUGAACCAUUUCAAGCAAACGCGCUUGUGAGAAAGUGCGGUAGUCCCUCUCUCUUCAGUCACCUCCCACGGCUCUCUCUUUUACUGACUGUUGCCCACAGUGUCCUGAUUUGACCACACUUAGCCACACCCAUCUCCACAGCACUAUUUAUUGCUAUUUUCACCCUCAAUUAUUAUUGUUGUUAUUGUUAUUAUGGUUGUUCUUGCUGUUAUUUUUAGUUCUAUUUUCAUGGUCUGGUAUCAGCUCUUGGCUUGCAGCAGAUGGUGAUGAUAGACAUUGUGAAAGAAAGAACACUGCCAAACACAGAGGAAAGAAUUAGAAGCAGUUACUGAGUGAAUCAUGUGAUAUAUACUGUCAAUUCUAUCAGCAUUAUGUACUUUUCCAAAGAGAACAGCACUUGGCAGAUGAGGCGUUAAAUAUUAAAACAAUAGAAUUACGAGGAAUCAUUUGAAUUUCUAUGAUCUUUUUGUGCAUACGAUGACAAUCCUUCUUUUGAGCCAAUCAGAACUCAGCAAGCAUGAACUCUGCAUUCUGAUUGAAAAUUUGAUCAGUGUAACUUGAGGCAACAUGGCCACCUGUUGCAAAUCGUCCAUGACACCAUGGCAAAACACUUGGAUCCAGGGUUCUGAUUUGUUUUUUUU